AUGGAAAAGCCAGAAGCAAUUGCAAAGGCUGUUGAAGAGUUGUCCAUGCGUCAUAAAAACGAAUCUAAGGAUCUCGAGCUACAAAUUACCAAGCUAAAAAAGACAGCAAAAGGUGAUAAGAAGCGUCAAAAAGAAGUUCAGGCUGAAGCAAAUAAACUAAGAACUGAACUUCGUCAAAGACAACAAAAAGAGAUCCAAGAGCUUAAAACGAACGAAAUCGUUGAGGAAACAAAUAGAGUCAUUGAAUCUACGUCAAAUGAAGACUACAAAGAACCGAGUGAUAAUGAAGUAGAUAUUUUGGAUCAACUGUAUGCAAGGUUAGAGGCUACACGCAUUGAAGAAGAAAAAAAUGAUAAACCUGUUGCACCUUUGGUCAAUGAAAUAGCAAAUAAGCAAAAAAAAUCCAAUAGACAAAAAUUAAGAAAGGAACGCAAAGCGGCUAAACUUGCCGAGGAACAGAAUGAGGCCGCAGAAGCAGCUAAAAACCAGAUUAACAUGACAGAGAUUGAGCGUAAUGCAAUUACAGAAUUAAUUAAACCUAUGGGAUUAAUUGUAGAGGAGGUGAAUUAUCAAGAAGUGAGACAUAAAGCCGCAAUGUAUAUGCGACAACACCCUGAUGAUUUUAUACCAUUUUUAUCUAACACGAAAAACACGAAAGACGGUGAAAUAUAUAGUUUGGAACAAUUUCACAAAUAUUGUGAUGAAUUAGAGAAGACUGCGACGUGGGGUGGGGAACUAGAGAUAAUCGCAAUUUCUAGAGUUUACAAGGUCCCUAUACAUGUUGUACAAAUGAGUUCGCCGAUUUUAAAAAUGUCAGAUGAUAUAUUUUUUGAUAAGGACCCAAUUCUCUUAUCGUAUCCUUUAAUAACAUUUAUUAAAUAUUCAUAA